AUGUCGCUGAUCCAACCAUUCAACGGCCAAUCUUCAGCGGACGCCAAAAUGUGGAUUGCCAGAUUUGAGCUCUUCGUAAAAACGAAGGGAUUUAAUGCAAACAAGGCCAAAUCUGUCCUUCCACUAAUGCUGAAAGAUGGAGCUCUAAGGUGGUACAUGAGCCUACCUGAUGAGAUCAAAGAUGAUUAUGACAGCCUUACAGAUGCAUUUAUGCAAAGAUAUGGGCCUGACGAAAACACAAAAUGGCAAAGAACUGCACAGCUAUAUCAAACAAAGCAAUCUCCUGGACAGACAGUGGAAGACUUCAUAACACUAGUAACAAGCAAGGGACAAGAUGUAGGCCUGUCAGAAGAACAAACCCAGCAGGUCAUCAUAAAUGGUCUGAAAGCCAACAUCAGGCAAUUUGUACUACAGAACAAUCCGCAGAAUAUGGAGGAUUUGCGUCGAUGGGCAAAACUGGGUGAACUGACCUGCUCAGAUGAAAAUGAGCAACACCAUGAGGUUGUCGCCGCGAUUACUCGCCUUGAAGAACAGCUACAAGCCUUGUCAGUGCAAGCUGCACAAGGAGCAUGGAACAACAAUAAAGGAAGUCAGAACCAACGACAAAGUCAGCGAAAAUGUGGAUUCUGUGGAAGGGACUGGCAUGAGCAACUAACGAACUGUCCAGCAAGGGGCAAAACAUGUGCCAAAUGUAAGAAACAGAACCAUUUUGCGAGAGUCUGCAGAUCAGCGCCAAUAACAGAACAAUGA